AUGAUUAUUAUUAUUAAUUAGGUACUUUGAUAAAAAUUUCAGACUCAAUAUAUUGUAUUGAAACUAAUAUAGUUAGUUAGAGCUUUUGGAACCGAGUUUAUUGAUACCUCAUUUAUGUUUCUAAGUUGAUUAGAACAGAAGUUAUAGCAAUUUUAGUGGCGAAAAUUUUGCCUAUAUUAUUUUUUUUAAAUUGUGACCGAAAAAGGAAAAUUUCACAUUAAAAAUGCUGUAACUUAUUUACUAUUUGAGUUAUUUGCAUGUAAUUUUCACCAGAAAUACAUGAUUAUGUCCUGAUAUUUAUUUUAAUUUCAAACAAGUGGUAGACUGUGACAUAAUGUUCUUAUUCGUUUUUAAAGUGAGGUUACUUGUAAAAAAAGAAACGGUCGACAAGAAGUACUUUUUCACAUUUAGAAGACUCUAACUUUUAAACCUUAAGAGAUAAUUGAAUGCAAUUUUAAACAGAGAUGCUUUAUUAUCUGUUGAUACUUAUUUUACUUUUAAAUUAUAGAUAGAAGUCCAAGAAAAUAUUUUACACUUUAUGAUGUGACACAACAUGUAAAAAAAAAUGACAGAAAAAGUACUUUUUUUUCCAUUAAUAGGCUGUAUUUUUUUUAACUUUCAGAGCUAUAUAAAUAAAAUUUUCAACACAAAUGCAUGAAAUUAAUUGUGUUGUUCCUUUUAUUAUUUUGAAACCUGAGAUUUGUGUUAACACAAACCUUUUUUUGUUAUAGAUCUGUGGCGUCAGUAAGUAAAUGUAAUACGUCACCAGGUCGAAAAUAAUUUUCCAAUAUAUGAAUUUUUUUGCUUGCGCCCAAUGAUGGUGUCAGAAUAUGUAAAAGUAUUUAUAACAUCCUUGUCUGUUGCUGUCACAUUAGUGUGUAUGACAAUCAUGUCACAUCGCAGCCUCCUUUAGUUAUGCCAUGCCCAUCGCCAAUGAUGUUCUCUGUGGAGAAAAAAAAAUAAAGUUUAGCUCUUAGUCAUGAUUGAAGCUUCAUUUAACACAAUAUCAACAAAAAUGUCAUAAACAACUUUAAUUUUAAAAGAAUAUUUUUAGGACUUGAUCCUGUAUAAAAAUCUAUGUUAUGUCUCUGUAUCUAGCCAAGAAAUCUUAUCUAGAAUUUACUUAUUUAGAUUUGAUUGAUCAGUGAUCUCUCAUUGAUUUGAUCUAACUCUAGAUCUAGUAAUGAAUACUAUUGACUUUUUAUUUGUCUACUCAUCUAGAUUUGCCUAGAAUCACUAUAUUUACUUAGCAUUAUAUAUUAAAAGUGAAAUAAUUUAAUUAAAUUAUUUGAAUCUAAAUGAAACCAGUAUAGUUAGAUAGAUCUUUUUGAAUGGAGUUCAGUGAUACCUCAUUUAUGCUUCUAAGUUAAUUAGAGCAUGAGUUAUGAUCAUUUUAGUGUCGGAAAAUUCGUCUAUUAAAAAAAUCAAUUUUUGUGACCGAAAGAAGGAGUUUGUACACUAAAAAUGCUAUAACUUUUUAACUCUUGAAGAUAACUUAAUGAAAUUUUCAACAGAUAUGCACAAUCAUGUUCUGAUAAUUAUUUAAAUUUUAAACCAUCUAUGUCUAUUAACACUUUUUUGUUUUAAGCCGUUAAUGUUGGGGUAGGUGUUGAAAAACGAUAGAAACAAAAUACAUUUCUGUACAUAAAUGUUUAUAACUUUUAAACCAAUAGAGAUAUUUGGUUGAAACUUUUAACACAAAUGCAUGAUUAUUUGUUAUUUAUUUAUUAUAUAUAAUCCUGAGCUAGAAGUUAAAUCAAUUUUUUAUUAUCGUAGAUAAAUGUUGGAUGGCAUGUCGAAAAACGACAAAAAAAUAUGUUGACUCUUGAAGUGCUCAUAAAUUUAUAACCAUUAGAGAUAUUUAAAUGAAAUUUUGAACAUAAAAGCAUGAUUAUGUGUUAUGCAUUUAUUAUAUAUAAUCCUGAGUUAGAAGUUAAAACAAAAUUAUUUUUUAAAUUACAAAACAGUUUGAAUGACGUCGGAAAAACGACAAAUUAUGUAGACACUUAAAGUAGUCAUAACUUUGUGAGCAAUAGAGAUAUUUGAAUGAAAUUUUUAACAGAUAUGCACAAUUAUGUUAUUUAUUUCAUAUAUAUAAUUAUUUUAAAUUUGGAAUGUAUUUUAAAAAAUAUAUAAUUUAAAACAUGAAGCGAAAUGUUGAAAAACUGAAUAAAAAAACAAAAACUUUUUCGUUCAAUACAUUUUGAAUUCUGAAACAUUUUAAUUUUUAAAUAUUACAUAAACGAUUUACAAAAAAAAACACCUAGCAUUAUAAUAUAGAUAUAAAAUGUAAAUAACUAUAGAUUUCUUGAUGUCAGUCUGUGAAUAUAUGUUAGUAGCCAAAGCUUGCGAACAUCAUGCAUGAUUGAAGACGCACAUAGUCGGACUGUAUCUGUUUUGCUGAAAUAGAAUAAAUACUUUUACUGCGUACCAAGCUGUGCUUGCUGAAAAGCUGAAAUCAGUCCAUAAUUCCUUAAAGCAUGACCUCCCAAGAUAAUAGUCUUCUUUCUUGUGUUGAUUCUCCUGUGACCCAAAUCCGGAAACACUCUGCUGGUAAUUUGACUGGAGACCUUCGCAAAGUGAAAGAUCUGGCAGCUGACAUUCACAAUCUGAUUUUGAAAUGGGCAAGUCUGAAUUCCAGAGGUGUGGACAUUAUAACCAGGAUAGCCAAUAUGAAAAUUGAGAAAGUGUUUAAUGUCCAGGAAGUGAGUGGUGGUCCUCAGCCAGCUUUACCUUUGGAAUUGAAUCCUCUUUGUGAUCUAUUGUUGGAUCUUGUUGGUGAUAUGAAAAAAAUUGUUGAGAAACUCGAGUCCAAGACAAAACUUGCGGAGAGUUUAGUCUCACUGAAAGUUUUCAACACGUCUACAACUGUCAGUGAUGUGUUAUUUCAGACAAUGUCAUUAGAGGACAUAGCCGAGACUGUGAGAGAAAUCUGUACAGACUACCAACAGGAAGUGAGUUUCAAGGCUGAGCUAUGUAAAUAUGUAGGCCAUGCUGCCAGCAGAGAUGUCAUCAUGUUCUAUACCAGCUGUUGGGUUCAUCAGCCUUAUGUUUCCACGAGGACUUGUGACUUACUGCAGGCCCUUCUCAUUGAAACUGGUCAUGUCCAGUCCUGAUGACCACUACUUCCAUGCUGAUCAAACAAGCAUCCCUAGUGUUCAAACUGUCACUGCAGCAGACUCAAACGUGGGUCCGCUUGUUCCGGCAGGAGAUUUAAGUCAUGUCAGAAGUGUCAGAGACCGGUACACAUCAGGUCAGCAUGUACUGGUAUCAGAUGGCAAACAAUUUUUUAACUACCCACCCAGCCAUCUCCAUUUCUAUCUGGUCAUAACUUUUAAAAACAACUUUUAAUUGCUGAUGUUUUGACCUGAUAAGAUGGUCUUUGAUAAAUAGACUGGUCUAAAAUGACCUGGAUGGUGUCUGUCUCACUGAAACAGGAAAAUUAACUUUAUUGACAAAGCCAGUGAUGUGAUUGAAUUGAUUCGGGGAAAAGAAACUACCCAGCCGUGUAAUAUUCUUGGUGGUAGUUGCAUUAAAGUGUCCUAACAUAGACUUCAGGCACUUGAGCAGACACAAGAACUGUUUUCUUAAUCUUACACAGUGUGUUUAGUUCAUUUGUGUCACUGUGUGUUAAAUUUAAAGAUAUUUUACCAAACGAGGAAUUCUUAGCUUGAGUUUGGAUUUGUCCAGAACACAUUGAUGGUGUCCAGAUUUAUUUUGACCUUCAUGCUAGCCAUGCAUAUAGUAUAUGAUUUUUUCAUAUUGGAUUUUAUUACCAGUACUAUUAUAAUUUUAUUUGUAUUAAUUAACCACCAACUGAUUAUACUGGAUGGUUGCCUGAUCGUUUAUUAUGACCUUUGGACUGACGUGAUGGUCUCAAGUAGCUCGCUUCCUCCCCUCCAGGAGGUUUUGGCUAGGGUGUUGUAAUCUUUAAAGCAGUGAUGAGGCUAAACUAUGUUACAACAUAAUUUACCUCAGUGCAAGACAACGCAGGACUUCGUUAGAGAUGAACUAGAACUGAUUCGAUUAAACUGUUGUCCUAGAAAAA